GUACUGUCAACGUGCACAGCUGCAUGUUUUCAUAGUUGUAAAAGUGACGUGAUGUUAUAUUCAGUUUAGACUAGAAGUACAUGAUGAACUAUUUACAUUUCGUUUGGAGUCAGGCACGGAGGAUUUGUGAGUUCCGAGCUAACCAUACUGGUUUCGGUAAAGGGAAAAGAGUUCAGUCCGUUGUGUAAUAGGCCUAAUCUAAUCUCUGCGUUUACGAACAACAACGAUGGAUUGAUAAUGCUAUGCCUAUAUGAGAAAAAUAUCUCCUUGGCUCCGCACCAGAGAAACAACGGGCUUGUUCAAAACUCCUCAGCCGCAGAACAAUGACCUCACAUCCAGGACGCUUGGGUCAUACAUGGGAGCAUUGGCAUUGGGAUGCCGAGGCCAAGUCCACAGCUGUCCAGCUGUCGGCAUGCCAACAGGCUGUUUACUUUCACACUAACAUGCUCUUGGAGAGUGAAGGAUCCGCAGGGGUCCGUGGUACCAAAGGUUUCUGUUCUGGAGAACAUUACUGGGAGAUCGAGUUCCUGGAGCCCCCAUACGGGAGCUCUGUGAUGGUGGGAUUGGGCACAAAGGAGGCUCUUCUGCACACUGGCAACACGCCCUCUCUUAACCUAUUAGGUAUGGAUGGGGAAAGCUGGGGUCUGUCUUACAAGGGCUCUGUCUGGCACAAUGGCGUGAGCAGAAAAUACACAGAAGCCUUCUAUGAUAAGAGCACUGUUAUUGGUGUGCUGCUGAACCUGGACUCAGGAGCGCUGCGAUUCUACCGCAGUGGAAUAAGUCUUGGGGUUGCCUUUACUGGCCUAGAUAAGGUGACAAGGCCUCUGUACCCUUUAGUGAGCUCCACUGCCCCGGAGACAGAGCUACUGCUGGGGCUGCGCACCCAUCGGCUAACAUCCCUCCAGGAUUCCUGCCUGCAUGUCAUCUCUAAAGCCCUUCGGUCUCAGGCCCACCUCGAAUCACUGCCCUUACCCCUGUCUAUGUGUGAGCAGCUCCAUAUUAGCCCAAACACAGGACAUCAAGAGUUGUUUGGUCAAGCGUAGGAGAACCUCUCAAAAUGAUCAUGACUACACCUGCACAACUCACACAACACUUUCUCCAGUAUUGUUGACUCUAUCUUUAAGGGUUAUAAACAUGUCUAUUGUUGUCAGUAGUAUUUUUUUUUUUUUCAAUACCGGUAUGUCAUGGUCAGCUCAGGAACUGCAACAUUAAGUGGUAUGAGCAACAGAGUUUAGCAAAAAUAGAGAAUUUCACUUCAAUAAAUAAUCAUUCAGGCUACAAUCUGGGGUUGAAUGUACAGUAAGUAACAGAUAAGAGCAUGGUGUCCUCAGAUAUGGGGAGAAAGGCGAGCCUUCUCUGAAGGAAAUCUCAUUAGCUUGUUAAUUUAUCCAUACCUUCUCAGGUAUAGAAUUAAGAUGCCCAAAGGCUGUUGCAGUGGCGCUCCAAGGCCAGUGGGGGUGCAGAAGCGCACAUAUUGUAUGUUCAGGGGUCAAGCCAUUACUGCUUUCUUGUGGAAGUGCAAUGCCACAGACAAAGUAAGACACCACUUCAUUUCCACAAUGUACUCCUUGUUUAUUUACAUUUUGCAUGGCCUUCAUUUUUCUGCGUUUGUAUUUUUUUGUUAGGAUGAAAAAAUUGUAAUGUGUCUGGUGCUAUUUGAUCAUUUAAAUUUCUACAGUUCAGCAUACAUAAAAACUGAAUAUCAAAUGAAGUCUUCCUACAGUGUUUUGACACAAAUGUAUGAAAGCAUGUGCUUAUUGCAUUUUAGGUGCAUUAUUUGGGCAUGUGCUUAUUGUAUAUUAGGUGUAUUAUAAUUUUGCCAUUAAUUGUUUACCAUGAAUUCUCAAUAAAAUAGUACUUAUUAAUCAUCUCUUACAUUAAGGUUGGAAGUAGAACAUGGAAUUUUCUCCCGAUCGUCUAAGAUCUUAGGUUCUUUUUUGUGCUCUCUCUUUGUCUGCCCAGUUUCUUUCAUGGGGGAUACACUAAGGGCCUGGGAUGAACAUUGAUGAGCAUGAGCAGUAGCUUUUUGAUAUCUCUUUUUCAUGGAGUCUGUGAUGACAUGACGAUGUUCCGAGGAUCUUUGUAAAAGAAAUAGGCCCUCUACAUCACAGGCCUCCAAUGUUGCCGAAGAGCACAAUGUUCCUUUCAUCUGAUCAAAAAAACACCAGUCAAUGCUCCAGUGGUUAGCUGACUGACCACUGAUGAUAGUUCCAACUAAUCUGUUGACGUGUCUAAUGUCUUGAAGAGUUUGCGAUCUCAUCAGGCCACUUUUCCUGUAAAUCUUGUACAGCGAUUCUUAGGUAUUUUGCCUCUUUUCCAGUACUCACUAUGUGGGGUAAACUAAACAUGGGGGCUUUUAUGUGCACAUUUUCAGCUGUUUUUAUACAGUUAUUCACUGACCUAAGCAAACCAACACACUCAUGUUGCAUGUCUGAAUGGUAUAAAUUGUGUUCAUAAAAAAUAAA